AGAUGGAUUGAGGGGAGAGAGAGAGAUUGACAUACAUUGGAAAAUGGGGAUUUGGGCGUGAGACUAUACGAGAAGAGAGGAGUUAGAGAGAGAGAGUGCAAAUUUCCACACACCAUUUGGGAACGAACCAACGAACGUCGAGCAGCAAUUACCCAAUCACCAACAACCACUUCUCCAUCCAUCCAGAAAUCAAUUGAUCGAGUAUUAAAUUAAAUUAAUAUGCAACAGAGGCUAAAGUUGCAGCAACAACAACAACAACAAGCACUCAUGCAGCAAGCUUUGCUUCAACAACAACAGAUGUAUCACCAUCCUGGCAUGCUCGCUGCUGCCGCCAUGACCCAGAUGGAGCCUGUACCAAGUGGAAAUCUGCCUCCUGGUUUUGAUGCUUCUGCAUGCCGUAGCGUUUAUGUAGGAAAUAUUCAUGUAAACGUCACCGAUAAACUUCUCGCAGAAGUUUUUCAGAGUGCCGGCCCUCUUGCUGGGUGCAAGCUCAUACGAAAAGAAAAGUCCUCUUAUGGUUUUGUGGACUACCAUGAUCGAGCAUCCGCAGCGCUUGCAAUAAUGACAUUACAUGGACGGCAACUAUAUGGUCAAGCACUAAAGGUGAAUUGGGCAUAUGCUAACAGCAGCAGGGAGGAUACCUCAGGGCACUUCAAUGUUUUUGUUGGUGAUUUGAGUCCAGAGGUUACUGAUGCAACUUUAUUUGCAUGCUUCUCAGUCUAUACUACUUGUUCUGAUGCUAGGGUUAUGUGGGAUCACAAAACUGGUCGCUCAAAAGGAUAUGGUUUUGUUUCUUUCCGUGAUCAUCAGGAUGCCCAAAGUGCCAUAAAUGAUAUGACAGGUAAAUGGCUGGGAAAUAGGCAAAUAAGAUGCAAUUGGGCAACUAAAGGAGCUGGUGGCAGCUCAAAUGAAGAGAAGAUCAAUGACAGCCAAAAUGCUGUUGUACUCACAAAUGGAUCUUCAGAUGGAGGUCAAGAUAACAGCAACGAGGAUGCUCCUGAAAACAAUCCUUCAUACACCACAGUUUAUGUUGGCAACCUUCCCCAUGAUGUAACACAAGCUGAACUCCAUUGUCAAUUCCAUGCAUUGGGGGCUGGGGUACUUGAGGAGGUCCGAGUUCAGAGCGGCAAGGGUUUUGGAUUUGUCAGAUACAAUACUCACGAGGAAGCAGCAAUGGCCAUUCAGAUGGCUAAUGGAAGACCGGUUCGUGGGAAGACUAUGAAGUGUUCAUGGGGUAGCAAACCAACUCCUCCUGGAACAGCUUCAAAUCCAUUACCUCCUCCUGCUGCACAACCAUAUCAAAUACUUCCUACUGCAGGGAUGAACCAAGGCUAUACUGCCGCUGAGUUGUUGGCUUAUCAGCGCCAGCUGGCCUUGAGUCAGGCCGCUGUUUCUGGCCUUUCAGGACAAGCUCUUCUUCAAAUGUCUGGACAGCAUGGCCUAGCUCCUGCUUCAAUGGGUAUAAACUCUGCGGCAUCUCAAGCCAUGUAUGACGGAUAUGCUGGUAAUUCGUCAAGACAGCAGCUUAUGUACUAUCGUUAAUGGCUUCACCAGUCGCGUUGUUGCCUUCGGUGGCAAGUUGCGUUGUGCACCACAUUUCUCUUUCCUUUUUUUUUUUAAUUGCGGUAUUCUGGCUUGAUUUUUACUUAAUUUUUAAUUUGUGUUGUAAUUUAUGUUGUUUGGUCUAAGAGGGUUUAAUGACUCGGAUCUAUGUUUUGCUAGAACGAGCUGCGAGUUUUAUGUUUGGGUAGUUUUUAUUAUCGUUUAAUGUAUCUUUUUUAUUAUCAUUACUGUAUAUUUAUAAAUUAUUGACUCAAGUUCAUCUUAAUCUUAAGUAGUUUUAUACCUGUUUU